AGGUGGGGAUAAAUACCAUAAAGGUGUGUGUGCGCGUGUGUGUGAGAAACCAGAAGGAAAAAGCUGAGUGCGCUGAGCGUGAGCCCGGGAGCGCAUUAUCUGGGCGCUCGGUGUGGCACGGAAACGCGACCGGGAGAAGAUGCGGAUCUCCUCAGCAGUCGAGAAUAAUAAGUGGUGGGCUUCAUGCACCCCCAGCUGAGAGACAGAGAUCUAUUUGUAGGAUGAAAAUAGAAGGAUCUCUACACCAGCGGGUCAAACUUUCCCCCUCUGUGGUAGGAUUUCUUUAAUUCUUUCUUCCCUGACGCGGUGAUGGAGCGCCACUUGGGAGAGAGAGGAUGAUGGACACUUUGGCACCUGCAGCUCUCGUCCAGAAAUCCCUCCGUCUCAACAACAAGGCGCGCUGCUGACCGAGCCCUCAGGACGGUGAUCGCUCAUUUAUUUUGAAGUGGCAGGAGGGUGGAAAAAAAAAAAAAAAAAGAUUGGAAGGAAAAGAGUGAGCUGGGGAUGGUGCGCGCAACGAUUCCUCGGAGACCGACGUGCGCACUCAUCACAUUCCCACCGAGGAGCGCACCUUAAAGACAAGAGCUUCGUUUCUCCUUUCACUGCUCAUUCCCGCUGCUCUGAACUUGUUGAACAUUUCUAGAGAAUGGACUUUAACCAAGGGACGUGAUAAAUCCCCAGAUCAUCAAUCGGGACGUGGACUAUGAUUGACAGCCGAGGGAGCUAAGGAGACCUGCCACUCAGUUUGCUAUUAGCGUGUCAAGGGGGCUUUCUCUUGUUCAUCUAGCCCCCUUCUCCAACCUCAGCUCGCUUCUUAUCUUUGGACCUAUAUCCUCACAGUCUUCAGCCUCUCUGAAAACAAAACAAUACUUCUAAAUCAAGCCAGGUUACCUCCCUCCCACGAAAGGAGUUGGACAUGCCUCCUCACUCUGUUUGAGACAUUGGAAGAAGAGGUCUACAAACCCUGGUUUGUGCAUUUUAAGAAGGAGGAAGCGCUCCAUCUGAAGGAGCUGAAAGAGGAGUAGUCAUGAGGUUCCAGUUUGCACUUACCCUCCAGGCGAUAUGGACUGGCAUGUGCCAUGCUGCCAUGCAACACUACCCUGCAGCAUGGGGCCACUAUGAUGUGUGCAAGUCCCAGGUGUACUCGGACGAAGGCUUAACCUGGGACUACAUGGCCUGCCAACCGGAGGCAGCAGACAUGACCCAGUUCCUGAAGGUUACCCUGGAUCCCCCCAACAUCACUUGUGGAGACCCUCCAGAGACAUACUGUGCCCUGGAGAAUCCUUACAUGUGUAAUAAUGAAUGUGACGCCAGCACUGAGGAACUCGCGCACCCUCCACAGCUGAUGUUUGACAUCGAGGGCCGUAACCCCACAACCUUCUGGCAGUCCACCACUUGGAAGAAAUACCCCAAAGCCCUUUUGGUCAACAUCACUUUAUCUUGGAACAAAACCAUUGAGCUGACUGAUGACAUCGUCAUCACGUUUGAGUCAGGCCGACCUGAGCAGAUGGUCCUGGAAAAAUCUCUAGAUUAUGGGCGAACCUGGCAACCCUACCAGUUUUAUGCCACAGAUUGCCUGGAUGCCUUCACCAUGGAGCCCAAGACAGCACAGGACCUGUCCCAGCAUACCUUGCUGGACAUCAUCUGCACAGAGGAUUACUCACGAGGGUAUGUGUGGAAGUAUGACAAAACUGUUCGCUUUGAGAUCAAGGACAGGUUUGCACUGUUUGCUGGGCCCAGGCUGCACAACAUGGCCUCGCUUUAUGGGCAGUUGGACACAACCAAGAACCUGAGGGACUUCUUUACCAUCACCGAUCUGAGAAUUCGGCUCCUGCGGCCUGCCACUGGGGCUACAGUGGUAGAUGAGAACAGCCUAUCGAGAUACUUCUAUGCCAUCUCUGACAUCAAAGUUCAGGGCAGGUGCAAGUGCAAUCUUCACGCCAACAGCUGCGUCUUUGACAAAGAGAAGUUGAGCUGCGAGUGCGAGCACAACACCACCGGGCCGGACUGCGGUCGCUGUAAGAGGAACUACCAAGGGCGAGCAUGGAGUGCUGGCUCCUACCUGCCCAUUCCCAAGGGCACGGCUAAUAUCUGUGUUCCUAAUAACAUUGGUCCAGUUAACUGCGAAUGCUUCGGCCACUCCAAACGAUGUAGCUACAUCGAGGUGCUAAAUAAAGUCAUUUGCGUGAGCUGCAAGCACAACACUAGGGGCCAACACUGCCAUCUGUGCCAGCAGGGCUACUUCCGCAAUGCCUCAGCAGAACUGGACGAUAAAAAUGUUUGCAUAGAGUGUAAUUGUAAUCCUUCUGGCUCAGUCAGUGAUCGCUGUAAUGGCACAGGAUAUUGUAUAUGUAAGGAGGGCACUACGGGCCCCAAGUGUCAGGAGUGUCUACCCGGCUAUUUGUGGGAAAAUGGCUGCAAAUCCCGGGUGUGUGACAACGAACUCCUGCGUUGCCAAAAUGGCGGGGAGUGUGUGAACAACCGCUGUAGCUGCCCCCCCUCCUACACAGGCCUGCUGUGCGAGAAGCCCCGCUGUGAGUCCGAGCUGGGGGGUUGCAAGGGGCCCGAUUCAGGCCAGGCUCCCCUGAAGCCUCCUUCACUCUACAGUUUGCUGACACUACUGCUGCUGGGUGCCGCAUUGCUGAGAGCCCCCUGCUGGUCCGCCAUGCUCUGAAGGGACCUAUUCCUGAGUGGGAGCGACUCUCACUCCCACCACCUUCACCUUAGCCCUCCCAAACCUUUCCUUACAGAUAAUCUACAACCAUUUUUUUAGAAAAAGAAAAAUCAUUAGCUUUCUGGACUGUGACGCACUGAGCUUCUCGCUGCCAGACUCGGUGCUGACAAUGACGAGAAUGUGCCAGACUAAAGCAAAAACUUUUAAUUUAAUUUCAAAGAAUAUAUUAAAGUAAAGAGUAUACAUCUAAAAUAAAAAGAUAUUAUUAAAAGUAUGAAUAACUGAGUAUUUGCCUGAUAAAUCAAAGAACGGUGAGUCCCCCCCUUUCCCUCUCUAAGCCAUACCAGGUUCAUGAGAUCCUUCCAGUGUGAGGAGGAAUAACUCAACAUGACAGACUUGUUCACUUCCUUUCUUAUUGCCACGGCAAUAACAGCUGCAGCCAAUCAGCUCUCGCACAAGCCGACGGUGGCCCGUGGAUCCCAGCCUCCCCCCCUUAGGGACGCUUGUGCAAGGAAAUGUUUGCUGGACUGGCGACGAUGAAGAAUAUGAAUAAGAGAAAAAAAACCACCAUGCUGAGGAGCGAGGAAGACCGUCCUGAGAGACGAACUGUUACACUUCAAGGCAAUGACAAACAGAAAGAGGUGAACAAAAGCAACAAAAAAACAGAACAUUCUUUGCUGUCAUUGGAUUCUGGAUAGAAGGAAAUCUGUCUGGAUUACCUAUUUGUGACACAAGAACUUUGCUCCUGUUAACCCAAACAUGCCACACCUUCACAGGUUUUCUGUCGCGUCAUUCCUCCUGUUCAGCCCCUGUACCUCAAAUCCCCCCAACCCACCCACUCCUGCCACGCUGCCACUGACCUGUGCAUUCGUGAACGUUACUCUGUAAACCCUUGUUGGCUGAAAGAUUCUUUUGUCCAAUGUUAGUGAUGCACAUGUGUAAGAAGCUUCCCCGGCCCCCUCUCACCCCUUCCUCUACUUCCAAAAAGAUAAUCCAGUAAAGCUGUCCGACUCCUCUUCUGUCUUACAGCCACCUUGCUCCCUGCAAUCGUGGACAGAGGGUAAUUUGUACCCUAAGCAGACAAGAAGCGCAUAGAGAACCAUCAGUGUAUUUGCAAAGUUUUUUUUUUCCUCGACAGAACAAAAAAAAAGAGUCAUGUAGUCCUUUUUGUAUCUCUGCCAAACUGUGAUUGAAAAAAGGCAACCUUUAACGUAUCUAUUUAAGACAUCCAAAUGCAGAAGCAAGGCUCUUCUGCUCUUUUUAUUUCCUUUUUUUUAAUUGAUCAUUAUUAUUUUUUUUUUUUAGUUGUGCAGUUGAUUUCCCUUUGUAUUGGCAAUGUGCUGGCAUCAAAAAAAUAUUAGUUUACAUAUAAAGUAUUAAUAAAGUGUAUUAAAAUCCCACCAAAGGACAUUCUAAAUGUUUUGUUCUUGCUUUAACACU